AUAAUUUCUGAGAGAAAUCAUCCAGGAUUUCAUGUUGUGGUUUGCGAUGUGGAGACUGCAAGUGGUUGUCUGCUCCCUGUGGCUGAUGCUGUCCACGUCUGUCGGUGGCGAGAGCAAGGCUCGGAGCUGCAGCGAAGUUAGACAAGCGUAUCACGCCAAAGGGUUCAGUCUUGUCCAUGUACCCCACCAAGAAAUAUCAGGUGAGCACCUGCGUGUCUGUCCUCAGGGAUACACCUGCUGCACAUCUGACAUGGAAGACAAGCUCAACCAGCAGAGCAAACUGGAGUUUGAGAAGCUGGUGGAGGACAGCAGCCACAACAUGAGGGUGACGUUUGUUUCCAGUCAUAAAAAGUUUGAUGAGUUUUUCUUGGAACUCCUGGACAAUUCAGAGAGGUCUCUGAACAGCAUGUUUUCAAGGACAUUUGGGAAGCUGUAUAUGAAAAACUCAGAGGUGUUCCAGGAUCUGUUCACUGAGCUCAAGCGCUACUACACAGGGGGCAAUGUCAACCUGGAGGAAAUGCUCAAUGAUUUCUGGUCUAGACUGCUGGAGCAGAUGUUCCAGCUACUGAACUCCCAGUACCACUUCACAGACGAUUACCUGGAGUGUAUCAGUAAAUACUCAGAUCAGCUCAAGCCCUUUGGAGAUGUGCCCAGGAAACUGAAGGCUCAAGUCACAAGGGCCUUGAUUGCUGCACGGACAUUUGUCCAGGGCCUGAUGGUUGGCCGGGAAGUUGCCAACAGAGUUGCCAAGGUGAAUGUUGCUCCUGCAUGUGUUAGGGCAAUGACCAGGAUGCUGUACUGCCCAUACUGCCGAAACAUUCCUGGGCUCAAGCCCUGCCAAAACUACUGUCAAAAUGUUAUGAGAGGCUGUCUCGCAAACCAGGCUGACCUCGAUCUUGAAUGGAACACUUUUACUGAUGCUAUGUUACUGGUGGCUGAGAGACUACAGGGACCUUUUCACAUUGAUACAGUCAUUGAGCCAAUUGACAUUAAGAUCUCAGAGGCCAUUACGACCAUGCAGGACAACAAUAAGAUCCUGUCAACAAAGUUUUUUCAAAGCUGUGGUCCACCAAAACCAUCAGGAUUAGGCAGGUCUGCACGUGGAAUUUCAGACGUGUUUAGUGCUCGUUUCAGACCUUACACUCCAGAGGAAAAGCCAACCACAACCACAGAGACAAGCCUGGAUCGACUGAGGGGUGUCUGGAUGACAAUGCAACACAGUGUAAUUGACAUUAGAGAGAAAUUUCAGAUGUCCAAAAGGUUCUGGUCUAAUCUACCAGACGAUAUCUGCGGCGAUGUCAAAUUGACAGAGUCUGAUGAAGAGCAAUGUUGGAAUAGCCACACCAAGGGAAGAUAUUUCCCAGAAGUGGUGAAAGAGGGACUAACCAACCAACUGAACAACCCUGAAGUGAACUUGGACAUCACCCGGCCAGACACAUUAAUUCGCCAACAAAUAAUGGCUCUGCGAGUCAUGUCCAAUAAAUUGAAAAAUGCAUACAAUGGAAAUGAUAUCUACUUCCAAGACUCCAGUGACGAAGGCAGUACUUCUGGUAGCGGUAGCGGUUGCCCAGAUGGCUGCACCACUGAGGCUGUUGUUGCAGGAUCUGAAGCACCUGUGAUCGGAGCAGACAGAAGUGAUGUGCACACUGCAGAAGCAGGAAAGACACAAUCCCACAGACCAUCACUGCUGAUAAUGACUAUGGCCCUCAUAGCAUCAUUCUGCGCAAUUCAGUCCCGAUGGAGAUAA